CUCAUAAAAAGAAGAUAUUGCUUCUUCGUAUCUGCCGACGUGUUUAAUUUUAUUCUUUUUGGGAUUUGAAGUUUUAGUAUGAAUUUAUCCCCGGAAAAAACGCAUUAAAGAGCAACUGAUUGUGUGGUAAGAAUCGGAUUCAACGAAUCAUAUGCCAUUUUCCAUUACUAUAUCUGAGAGGAUACCAAAAAGUCUUAAAUCUUGUAUCUGGUCUUGAAUUACAAAUUCAUUUUCCAUUUGAUAUGAGAAUUCCGAAAAGCUUUAAUCACAUCUACAUUAGUACAUACUGGUCUCCUACGAAUUUCCCACAAAAGAAACUUGCGAACCCGGAAGAGUGGUACUGGUGGUGGUAGUCUAGUAGAUCCAAUCACACAAUGACACACAAGUCACAUAAAUCCCCAAAUGUACAACACUUGCUACAUUUUGAUUUAUGGGCUGGGCUUAGAUUUGGGCCCUAUAUUUUCUUCGAGUUACUGAUAAGAAGACUACAGAGUACAAGAAUCACUGAAUCAGCUUUUGCUCUUGUCGCUUUGAAGACACGUGAGAAGCACAAUGAUUAAGCACGUGUUCUUCUCCCGACACUAACUCGAUCCUCAAAUUACUUCCAUCGGUGUGUAGGUAGAUACAUGAGAGCGAGAGACUCAUAUGUUGAUCUGAAAGUGUAGGAAAUGGCGGCUAUGUUUUUAGCAAAGAGAGGAGGCAUAAACAUAUACAGAGCUUCUUCAUUACAGAGGGAUUACAACAACGGUGCUCGAUCUGUUGCUCAUGGAGUCAUUACCAUCACUAACUCUCGUUACUUCAAAUCCCACGGGAACAACGGAGGAGAGAAGUCAAAAGAAGAGGCGAUGGGGACAACUACAGAUGGUAAGGCUCCGAAUGUGACGUUGAGUCAUGCGGCUGAUACAGCCAAAGAAGGAUUGAAACGAGCCACCGAUGCAGCCAUCAAGAAGAAGAAUGAAGAUGCGAGCAAGCCCAAGAGUGUAGAGAGUGACGAAGGAGAUGAUCAGGAGAAUGUAGCUGUGGGUGAUGAUGGAACUGUCAAAGGCCAAAAUCAGUCAGCAGGAUGAGAAUAUUAUUCUUCGUUAUAAGAAUUUAUAGUUAUACCAAAUAAAGUGGAAUGUUGGUGACUCUAAACCGUGUGAUAUGUGUUUAUUUAUGUAGAAAACCAUCUGUUGUUCCUUUUUUCCUCCAUAGUUUGCAGUAGAUGACAAUAAUAACAAUUUCUUAUUUACCUAAAUAAAAUUUUCUAUUCUCACCA